AUGGACGCUGCGGAGAGCAACGAUAGCAAGCUGCAGAGCCCGCUGCUGCUGCCGACGCCGCAGUCGGCACCGCCGCUGGCCGGCGCUGACGGCGGGGAGCGGCGGCUGGAGAGCAUCCUGGGUGACAUGUCGGGGCCGUGGGCGCGGAGGAUGUGCGCCGCGACGGCGGUGGAGCUGCCGAUGCUGGCGCGGCUGGCGGCGCCGGCCGUGCUGGUGUACAUGAUCAACUACCUCAUGUCCAUGUCGACGCAGAUCUUCGCCGGCCACCUCGGCACGCUGGAGCUCGCCGCCGCCUCCCUCGGCAACACCGGCGUCCAGAUGUUCGCCUACGGCCUCAUGCUUGGCAUGGGGAGCGCGGUGGAGACGCUGUGCGGGCAGGCGUACGGCGCGAGCAAGUUUGACAUGUUGGGCAUCUAUAUGCAACGCUCCAUCGUCCUGCUCAUGGCGACCGGCGUCCCACUGGCCGCCCUCUAUGCCUUCUCCCAACCCAUCCUCAUCCUCCUCGGCGAGUCACCGGAGAUCGCCCGCGCCGCGGGCAUCUUCGUGUACGGCCUCAUCCCGCAGAUCUUUGCCUAUGCGGUCAACUUCCCCAUCCAGAAGUUCAUGCAGGCGCAGAGCAUCAUGGCGCCAAGCGCCUACAUCUCCGCCGUGACGCUCGUCGUCCACGUCGUCCUCAGCUACCUCGCCGUCUACAAGUUGGGUCUGGGGAUCUUGGGUGCCUCCAUCAUCCUUAGCGCCAGCUGGUGGAUCAUCGUCAUCGCGCAGUUCAUCUAUGUUGUCACCAGCAGCCGGUGCCAGCUCACGUGGACUGGGUUCUCCGUGAGGGCCUUCUCUGGCCUGCCCCAGUUUUUCCGGUUAUCCAUUGCCUCUGCCGUCAUGCUCUGUCUUGAAGCUUGGUACUUCCAGAUUCUCGUGCUCAUUGCUGGCCUCCUCAAGAACCCUGAAUUGUCGCUUGCGUCGCUCUCAAUCUGCAUGACCAUUUCAGGGUGGGCAAUCAUGAUCUCCUUUGGAUUCAACGCAGCAGCCAGCGUGAGGGUCAGCAAUGAGCUUGGAGCUGGAAACCCCAAGUCAGCGGCGUUCUCGGUGGUGGUAGGGACGAUGGUGUCCUUCACCUUGUCACUGAUAAUCUCGGUGGUCAUCCUGCUCUGUCGCGACUAUAUCAGCUACAUCUAUGCUGACGGCGAGGAGGUGGCAGCGGCGGUAUCCAAGCUGACACCGCUGCUAGCGCUAACUGUCAUCCUCAACGGCAUCCAACCCGUACUGUCAGGGGUGGCCGUGGGCUGCGGUUGGCAAGCAUUUGUCGCCUACGUCAACGUGGGAUGCUACUACGUCGUCGGCGUCCCCUUGGGUUGCAUCCUUGGCUUCUACUUUGACCUCGGCGCGACGGGCAUAUGGUGCGGUAUGAUUGGAGGUACUCUGAUGCAGACUGUGAUCCUAGUGUGGGUUACCUUUAGGACAAACUGGGACAAUGAGGUAGCCGAAGCAAUGAAAAGAUUACACAAGUGGGAAGACAAGAAACCUCUAUUAGCUGUCGAGCAGUGA